AUGGACUCUUUCGAAGCAAGAGUCUAUUUGACCAAACAGUUGAGCUCUUUGACUCCAUCUAAACUGGCCGCUCAGCAAUGUGCCAAGUUUUUGUUGAAAAAUAAAGAACUUCAAGAUGAUCUCUAUUCUGUUAUUCUGGAAACUCUCGACGCUGCAGAUCUCAACAUUCGCUUGAAUAUCUUCCAGUUCCUUGAAGAACUCAUCUUUUUCUGUCAGAACGACCCGCAAAGACCGUAUGUCAAUUCGAUCUUCAAGGACAUGAAACUUAUUCUCACCAAAAUCUUGCCUCCAAAACCUGAAAAUCAAUCUUCAGAAGCACGAUUACUUACGAACCUCAGUUCAGCAUACAUCAUACUGUUCAAUAUAUCCAAGACAUGCAACUAUCCACACAUAAAUGACAUCAAAACACGAUUCAAUUCGAAUCUCCUAACAGAGCUCGAUAAAAAUAGAAUAGAGCUCCAACUUCAUUUUGACGAAAAACCAUUAUACACAGACAUUACCGCUAAACAGGACGUUGAGAGUCAACUGACGGCAGCUUGGGAUUUUCUCAUAGAAAAAAGACGUCAGUCACAAUAUGAAAGAUUAUUCAUCGACAAACACAACAUCCAAUCUCCUGCUGAGCCUUUGGCUGAUUUAUUUACGAAAACUCGGAAACAACUCCUGGCAAGAAUCGAGGCUGAUAGAGAGAGACAGAAACGUGGUAAAGAAAAUCUUUGGCAAAUAGAUCGAGCUAAAGGGUCGUUAGCUGAGUUUGACUUGAUUUAUGACACUUUCCAUCAGUUCGAUCUUAUUGAAGACAAACCAUUGAUAGACGAAGUGAACGAAUUAUAUGAGAACAGCAGACAUGGGGUUACACGGAAACCUCAGCCAAAUAAAAGGUUUAAGCGUUGA